UAAACGGUGCCAGCACAGAGGGCAUUUGGUGCGGGAGCGCCCGCCCAGCCUGAAAGGCAGACUUCCUGGAGGAAGUGGUGCCUGAAGAUACUCCAGGCCGGUCUUUAGUGUCUCCGAGAGUCAGCCGUGGCCUCCGCCGUCCAGCACCCUGCGGGCUCGAACGGCCAACACCGCUCGAGUGGCUUCUCUGUGUAUUUGCCAAGCGGACUGCAUUUCUCCGGGUUAGCGCACAGAGUGAACCAAGGCCACGGCUCCCCUCAAACCCCAGAGCUAGAACGGUUGGUGCUGCAUGUCCCUCCUGCGACCCCGUCGCCACGCCACGCCCCCUAACCGUCCCCCGGAAGUGCUCCGGUAAGAGCGGAAGUGCACGCCUACUGCGGCCGGCAGCGGUUUCGCGAUGGUGGGGGGCGGCGGGGUGGGGGGCGGCCUCUUGGAGAACGCUAACCCCCUCAUCUACGAGCGCUCUGGGGAGCGGCCGGUGACCGCGGGCGAGGAGGACGAGCAGGUUCCAGACAGCAUCGACGCGCGCGAGAUCUUCGAUUUGAUUCGCUCCAUCAAUGACCCGGAACAUCCACUGACGCUGGAAGAAUUGAAUGUAGUCGAGCAAGUCCGGGUUCAGGUGAGCGACCCCGAGAGCACGGUGGCCGUGGCCUUCACACCCACCAUUCCGCACUGCAGCAUGGCCACCCUUAUUGGCCUGUCCAUCAAAGUCAAGCUUCUUCGAUCUCUUCCCCAGCGUUUCAAGAUGGACGUGCACAUUACACCAGGGACCCAUGCCUCAGAGCACGCAGUGAACAAGCAGCUUGCGGAUAAGGAACGGGUGGCAGCUGCCCUAGAGAAUACCCACCUGUUGGAGGUUGUGAACCAGUGCCUGUCAGCCCGCUCCUAAACCUGGUUUUUUGCCCCCAGCCACACCCAGGGCUCAUGGCCUUGUUUUCUUGGAUCACUGGCAAUGAGAAACUAACAUUUUGCAUUUUGUAAUAAAUUCUUAAUUUAUAUUCA